AAAGCAACUUUGUUGAGGGCCUAGCUAGCGCUUCCCAGGACAGACUUGACGAAAGCUAGCGCAUUGAUCCAUCUUCUUCUCCUCCCGCUAUAAGCUGACAAACUGAUCGAUGGCGGCCGAGUCUUCCGUCGCCGAUCUCGUCCUCGUCGACGACCUGUACUUGAUAGCACUUUGCAGCGGAAGAAACGAAGCCGACGCCGCCGGGCUGUUGGCGUUACCCGACGAGGAGUACGCCGUGGAGCUCCAGCUCCAAGAAGUGAUCAUGUCCUCCACCAUAGCGGCCGCGGCGCUUGGGCUACUACCUGAUAGUUGUGCUCCUCCUGCCGCCACCAGCUAUGAAGCAACAUCCUCCACUGUUGCCGCGGGUGAGUGCUCCUCCUCUGCCUCGCUGAUCCCACCACCGCUUGCCCCAGCCAGCGACGACGACGACCACGCAGCGGCGGCGAGUCUAGUUGAGUGUUUCCCCUCCUCAGCUGGGCCGUCCAUCCCCGCGACGUUCCUCUUCUGCAAGAUCUGCAUGGACGCCGUGCCACCAUCGGACGCGCACAGCGCCAGCCGCGGCUGCGGGCACGCCUUCUGCGCCACCUGCCUCGCGGGUUACAUCCUAGUCAAGAUCCAUGACAGGAUCGCCGACGUCAAGUGCCCUGAGGAUGGCUGCGGCAGCGUCCUCGACCCCGAGCUCUGCCGGGGCAUGCUCACCGGGAAGGCCUUCGAGGCGUGGUGCACCGUGAUGUGCGAGUCCAUGGUGGUCGGGGCCAACAAGGUGUACUGCCCAUUCAAGGACUGCUCUGCGAUGAUGGUGGUGGACGAAGUUGGUGGCGGCGAUGUCGCGGAGUCGGAGUGCCCGAGCUGCAAGAGGCUCUUCUGCGCACGGUGCGGCGUGCCGUGGCACGCCGGUGUUGGCUGCGCCGAGUACGAGCAGCUGCCGGUGGGGGACAGGGGGAAGGAGGACUUGGCGGUGAUGGAGAUGGCUAAGGGAGAGAAGUGGAAAAGGUGCCCCCAGUGCAUGUUCUUGGUACAGAAAUCCGAAGGUUGCGUGCAUAUCACUUGCAGGUGUGGCUUCGAGUUCUGCUAUGGAUGUGGGAAGCGGUGGGGGGACUCUCAUUCCUCGUGCAGCGCAGCGUGAGAUCGGCCAUGUCGUCGGAAGCAGCUCUGCAGUGAUAACUUGUGGAGCUGUUUUAUGGUACAAUUUACUAGUCAUGUGGCCUAAUAGUAUUGAGUCAUAUCCACUGUUUGAUUAGAAAGGUAUUCUGGGCAACUAAUAUUUUGGUAUUUCUGUUUUUUCUUUCAAAAUCAGCAAGAGAUUUGGUUUGAUUUA